AACUGGGACCGCACCUUCACCAACCCGCGCUGCCCCAUCGCCCCCAAGCUGGGCGCGGGCCUGGCGGUGUUCCAGGGCCUGCAGGACAAGUACGACCCGGCGCGUGUGUUUGAGCCCGAGCUGUGGACGCGCGCCAUCAAGGGCGAGAAGUACUUCCUCAAGCCCAAGUGCGUGCUGAACCGCAGCUGCUACUGCGAGGCGGACGAGCACUGCGCGGACGGCUUCAAGUGCGUCCCCAGCGUGGCGUUCCCCGAGUACAAGGCGUGCCGCCCCAAGGCCAUGAACAAGAAGAUGUGA